AUGAGUAGUGCUUCAAGCGGUGGAGGUGGAGCAGAUUCUAAUGAUCAUCAAAAGUCUAAAAGGCUGUUUGCGGCAGGAGUAUCAACUGAUGACUCGGAUGAAUUUCUCGAAAACGAAGGUGACUCCUAUAGUGAAAAGGACGACAGAUGUAGUAGUCGAGGAGGUUGUUUGAAAAUAGACAAAACUAAAUCCUCUUUUGAUCCUGCUUGUACGAUACGUACACCCCAGCAAGUCACAUGGUCAUUCACAGCCAAGGCAGCUACUCCACACUCACAGCCCCCUGAACAAAAUAAACAACACGGAAACUUCAAUGAUCCUAAUAUUUUGAAGUCUUCUCUUGUUGAAAAGAAUGUGCUCGCUGCUUCUUCUCAUGACUAUAAUAUAGAUUUAUCGGUUCGGUCUACCGUUUGCUCAGGAGAGACAGAACGUCAGCUCUUCAAUCCACCACUGGCUCCUGCAUUGAAGCAAAAUGGUUGUAUGAAUGGCUCAGUCAAGGAGCAUGCCAUUCAUCGUGGGCAACGAUCCAUGUCUCUUGGGGGACCCGCACACGAAUCUCUUAUGUCACAAUUGGCUGCUAGACAAGGGAAUACUAUUGAUUUAUCUCCUGGUAAAACGGACAAAGUUUGUUUAGUUGUGGAUGGUAGUCGUUUUCUGAUUGAUCCUAUACUGCUUUCUGCAAAACCCGAUACUAUGCUUGGACGAAUGUUUAGUUUACGAAUAUCGAAUUCAGUUGGGGCUAAUCUUAUCAAUCCAAACGAGAGAGAUGAAUUUGAUGUGGCUGAUGGUCUUUCUGCUGCAUGUUUCCGAGCAGUUUUGGAAUAUUAUGCUCAUGGUGAAAUAAGGUGUCCCUCUAAUGUAUCUGUUUCGGAACUCAGAGAAGCAUGUGAUUAUUUAUUAAUUCCUUUUAAUGCGCAGACUGUGAAAUGCCAAAACUUGCGCGCUUUGCUCCAUGAAUUAUCGAACGAAGGAGCACGGCUUCAAUUUUCACAAUUUUUGGAGGAGAUUAUCCUACCACAGCUAGUAGCGAGUACAGAACAUGGCGAACGUGAAAGUCAUAUAGUUGUUUUACUGGAUGAUGAUGCUGUCGAUUGGGAUGAUCAAUUCCCACCUCAAAUGGGAGAGGAAACUACUCAUGUUGUAUAUAGUACUCAUUUGUACAAGUUUUUCAAGUACGCUGAAAAUCGAGAUUGCGCAAAACAGGUUUUGAAAGAACGAGGAUUGAAAAAAAUUCGUUUAGGAAUGGAGGGCUAUCCUACUCAUAAGGAAAAAGUUAAAAAAAGAUUCAACAAAGCUGAAGUUAUUUAUAAUUAUGUUCAACGACCUUUUGUUCAUUGCUCAUGGGAAAAGGAAGAAGCCAGAAGUAGACAUGUUGAUUUCGCCUGCCCCAUCGUUAAGUCGAAAUCGAACCCGAGCUUAGCUGCAGCAGCCUCUGAUCCUUUGCCUCAACCAGCACCUCUUCACUCCUCCCGUGAAGGUAAUCAGUUUGUAGGAGUAGGUGUUAAUGUAAAUCCUAAUCAAUUCGGACAGCCAAUGCAUUCACCGCCAGUUGCCAUGCAUCAGUUGCCAGACCGAGGAGAGGAAGAAUAG